GUUAAGGAAGGUGGGGAGGAGGGAAAUCUGCACUAUCUCUUAGUUUCUUAAUGGUAUAAUCUGAUGUAUGUUCUUAAUGUAUAUAAAAUAAAAGAAUGGUCUUUGAUAAUGGAUAGUACACCUAUUCAUAAGUUAGUUAAGAUACAAGCUCUUAUUUCUUAUUGCGGGUAUAAUUCCAAGUACCUUAUCAUCUAUUCCCCUUUUCCGAAACCUAAUUAAGAAAAUAGGGGAGUUGAAAAUCAAGUUAGGCGUUAAACGAAACAAAAGAUAG